AUGGACUACAAUAAAAAUGGUGAAUUUGACAGAUCUGAUUUACAAACUCUUAUCCACGAUUACGAUAUCAAUGGUGACAAUGAAGUAACUAGAGACGAAUUUGAAUAUAAAUUUGAUAUGGCUGAACCAACAUUAGCUAUUGUUGCUAAAGGUUUAUUCGCUGAGUAUGAUGAUAACCAAGAUGGUUUUAUUGAUACCAAAGAUUUGGAUGGUGUUCAUGAUAGAAUGGAUCACAUGAUUAAAGAUGGCAAGGUCGAUCAUGCUGAAUUUGUUGCUUAUCAAGUACAGCUAUUGACAGUUUUGUAUGCUCUUCAAGCCCAGGCCGGUCAGCCUUAA